AUGCCAACCCAUCCACGGGACAACUUCGAGGCAUUUCCAUACGUAGAGGGGGAUUCUUCUUCCAAAUGGUCGCCCGCACAUUCUCCACCCGUGACAGGAAAGGACCGUGACCCUGAAGAGGAUAUCGAUCACCAUCAAAAGAAAUCAGUUUUUGCGAAAGUGAAAGAAAAAGCAAAGAAACUUAGAUACACUCUAAGCCACAAGAAGAAGCACGGCGAAGACGAGAAUGCUACGCCGUCGUGGGGGUAUAAUUUGGAUGAAAAUGAAGAGGAAGAGGAGGACCAUGUUGAUGCUGAAUAUUUAGGAGCCCCAAUGUAUGAAUCAGAGCUAGCACCAGAGGGCUGCAAAGAGAAUGCCAGGCAGCAUCCACGAGCCAAUCCUGUGAUUGCUGAGAAUCAUGUGUUAGCAAACAACAUAAAUCUUGCAUCAGGACAAGAUGAAAAACCUUUCACCUCGUCGGAAAUGUCGUCUGAAAUGAUCGUCGAGUCGUCUCUUGGGAAUAUCAAAACAGGAACCGAAACUGCAGCUGCGAAUACUACCAUUAAGAGAAUACAAGAAAUGGAGGCUGCUAAACCUUCAAGUCCAAGCAAGACAUUGACAGAAGCUGUAACUGAGAAGUUGGCACCUGUUUAUUCCACUGUUACUGAUGCUACUCAUGCUCUUGCUUCAAAGAUCCAAAGCCUCACGUUCUCCGCUCCGUUGAACCCAUUGGCCAAUUCUUCACCGGCUACUCCAAAAGACGCUUUUUCCCCAGCAACGCAGAAGAGGAGCUCUUCCCCAAUGGAUCAGCAAGCAUCAAGACUUGGUAAAGGAACUGAGCAGAUAUGGGACAAAGGAGAUUCAGUAAAGGAGUACCUGAUGCAGAAGUUCGAGCCAGGUGAAGACGAGAGAGCGCUUUCUGAGGUGUUGUUCGAUGCGCUGAGUCCAGGGAAACUGCCUGGAGAUGUAGGUGUUGUGGAGAAGAUGAGGGAGGCUGUAAGUUCCAUGUUACAGGCUGAUGAGGCACCACAGCCGGUGGCUACACAUUUGGCUGAAAAAUCUUUGCCACGGAUUGAAACGGCACCACAACCAGUGGCUUCACAAUUGCCUGCAAAAUCUUUACCAUUGGCUGAGAACUCACCAAAGCCAGUGGUUGCAACAUCUUCAUUGCGGGCUGAAACAACACCACAACCAGCAGCUGCAAAACAAUCGUUACGAACCAAGAAGACACCAGAGCCCGUGGUUGCACGUUUUGUCACAAAACCUUCAUUACCGGCUAAGGAGGCACCUCAAGCAAUACUAGCACUACAUUUGCCUGCAAAACCUUCAUCACAGGCCAAGGAAUCACCACAGGCACUCCUGGCUACACGCUUGGCUGCAAAACCUUCAUUACCAGAGGCAACACCACAACCAAUGAUUACACAUUUAGGUUCAAAACAUUCAUCUAGCGCUCCUAUCUUUACCACUACCCACAUGGUGGCUGAGGAAGAAGACCUAGAAAGAAUUCUCCAAGCCAAUUAACAGACAUAUUCAAUGAUAUCAGAAGUUCAUAGACACACACGCAAACAACAAACAUUAAGCAAUUUACAACUAAGUUGUAUUGUACCAAUAAAAUAUUUCUGCAGUAUUGUUAUUGCAGAUUGAUGUGAAGAAUGCAAGGGCUGCUUGUGUUCU